UGCGCGCCCUCCCUCCCUCUUUCUCGGUGGGUUCCUGUUUCCCAGACCCUCCGUCUUUCGGCUGCGGAGGCAGGUGGUCCAGUGGCCCGAGAGCAUCCUUCCGAGGAGAGAGAAGAGCCUCCCAGGGAGCCCCCCCCAGCAUUGCUCCGGCGGGGAGGGGGCAGGGCGGCCUCCCCCUCCCCUUGGCCGAGGAAGAAGACCAGAGUAAAUGUCACCAGGAAAGAGGUGGUGGAUCAGUACCCUCACAUGGAAAAGAAGGCCUUGCUCACAAUGGAUACUGCUCCAGAUAGAUUUAAUGCAGAAAAAACAGGGAGCCAUAAGAGAAAAGAUACCCUGGGAAGAUGUCAGCCCUGCUUGCAAUCACUUAUCAUUUGGGGAGCAAAACAUUGUAAUGUGCUAUUCCUCUGUCACCGUGAUAUGGCUGCCUGAUAAUUUCUCUAAUUGCUGAGAAUACGCAUGAGUUGCUGCCAGAAAGCCCAUAAGAAAGUUUACCUGCAGGCCAGUGAAGGAUGUUCCUAUUGCACAAGAAGGAGCUUAAUGGUGGAAACAUAAAGAGAAUCAUAGCUGAAAGCAGAAAGGCUGAGGUUUCUCAAAGGUAUUUUCAUAGAUACUAAGAAAAAUGUUGAAGAUGAUUCCUCUGAGGUGUAGCUGAGGACAUAUCUGAGGGUUUUGCAAAUGGGAGCCUUGCUCCAUAUAUAGCAAAGUCUUCUGUGUUUAUGAUUAUGCCAAGUGUGUUCUGCUGCAGAGCUGCUGGAACCUGAGGAUAUCACAUGAAAUACCUUGCUCAUUUCUCACUGCCUGGCUGGACCUUAGUGUAUGAGUACUACUGACAUCCACUGAAUGAGACUCUGUCUCUGAUGCACAUAGGCCUGCACUUGUAGCAACACAAGGAGGCCACGAGGAGAGUGUGGGUGGUUCCAUCAUCUCACCAUGGUGCUUCCACCUCCAGACAAGCGUCACGUGUGUCUCACCACUAUUGUUAUCAUGACGAGCAUGGCAUUCAUGGAUGCUUAUCUGGUGGAGCAGAACCAAGGUCCCCGUAAGAUUGGCGUUUGCAUCAUUGUCUUGGUGGGAGACAUCUGCUUUCUGAUAGUACUGCGCUAUGUAGCUGUCUGGGUGGGGGCUGAGGUGAAGACUGCCAAGCGUGGCUAUGCUAUGAUCCUGUGGUUCCUCUACAUCUUUGUGCUGGAAAUAAAACUGUAUUUUAUAUUCCAGAACUACAAGGCUGAUAAGAGAAACUUGGAGACAGUGGCUAGGAAAGCACUGACUCUGCUUCUCUCUAUCUGUGUGCCCGGGCUAUACCUGGUGCUUGUGGCCUUGGAUAGCAUGGAAUACAUACGCACCUUCAGGAAGAAAGAGGAUUUGAGAGGGCGUCUCUUCUGGGUGGCCUUAGACCUCCUGGAUAUUUUAGACAUUCAGGCCAACUUGUGGGAGCCACACAAGACUGGGCUGCCAAUCUGGGCAGAAGGGCUCAUGUUCUUCUACUGUUACAUUCUGCUCCUGAUUCUGCCUUGUGUUUCCCUCAGUGAGAUUAGCAUGCAGGGGGAGCACAUUGCUCCCCAGAAAAUGAUGCUGUACCCUGUCCUGAGCCUGGUGACCAUCAAUAUUGUCACCAUAUUCAUUCGGGCUAUUAAUAUGGUUCUUUUCCAAGAUAGCAGGGUCUCCACAAUUUUUAUUGGCAAGAACAUAAUUGCCAUUGCCACCAAGGCCUGCACUUUCCUUGAGUACAAGAAGCAGGUGAAGGAAUUCCCACAAAAUGCUAUUGCACUUGAGCUGCAGCAGAACUCAGUGCCCCACAAUCAGACCGGCCAUACUACUCAAGGCAUAUCUCAUGAGCAAUCCCCCACCAGAGAGAUCUUGGACACAUGAUGAGGCUCCUUAGAUAUCAGCACUUGCUCAUUUCCUUGGGGGAGGGAGAGGGGGAUCUGCUCUCAUCCCAGCAUGGAGAGCUGCCCUUGGCACAACAUUUGGAUCAAAUGAGAGAACAUCUCCUGCAUCUCAGGUAUUUCUAAGGAGCCCUCUAGGAAGAAAACAAAACCAAAUGAACCUUUUAAGGAGAACCUAACCCACAGCAUCUGAUCUUUUCUAUCUGUUUGUUACCUGUGCUUCAACAUGUCAGGAAUGAAGAUUUUUGUUAUCAUGGCCUGUUUUAUAAGGAAGGGGUGGGAGGGGUGGGAUAACCAGGACUGACACAUGGACCAGUGUACCUGUAAACAUUGGUGUCUUAUUUAAAAUGGUGUGUUUACAGUUGUUUUUUUUUUAAAGAAAGCCACCUGCUGAAUCACUGCUGGGAAUUCUAGUUGGGUUUGGACAAUUUUAUAAUCUUUGCCUAAUGGCUCCUUUCAUUGCUCUGUUACAAGUGCACUCAGAAAGUGGUCACACCUUCUCACACAUGGGUGCAAAAGAGUGAGGCAAAUAGUUGGAGAAACAGGAGGUCCAACAAUGCCAAAAUGUGAAGCAGUCUCAAUAAGAACAGUAUUUGACUACAAAUGUACGCUUUCAAGAGACAUUCUGAUACUCAAUCAAAUGAUUCAGCACAAGAUUUCUGUUUUUAGGGGGGGAAACUGUUUCUUUCUCACUCUCAUUCUCUCCCUGAUCACCCUCAGGGAGAGGGGUGCCAUGCAGUUUUAGACUGUUGCCAUAGUUUACCCGGUGGGCAGGCACAGUUCUUGGAUAGGUUGAAGAGUGGAAGUUGCAACCCUCAAAUUGGUCAGAUUCGCUUUUUUUCCAGCAACAGCUGAGUUUCUAAUGGGGCUGGGCUUUUUAAAAGGUAAACUAUACAACCUUUUUCUAAAAGGUGGCAGGGCCCAGGGCCAGUCACUCCAUGUGUGAGCUAUAGGAUGUUUUGGGGUAUAGGGAUGGGCAGCAGGAGUUUGAAAAAAGUCACAAAGAAUAAUACUGAAACCCAAACAGCAUGGUAGGCUGGUGACGGCUUUCUUCUUAGUAUUCUUCUCCCUUUCCCAUGCUAAACUCUUGCUCCUCAUACUCUCAUACCCCAAAAAUCUUUUCAGCCACAGUAUCUCUUGCUACACCCAAGCCUUACAAAAUCUUUUGCACCUGGCAGCACUGCUCCCAUCAUAUGGAUGUGCCUCCUUUUCUUCUUAGGCUGAGAGACAAUCUGAUGCUGCUUAGGCUGUGAGCUGCAUGAGAUAAGGGAUCCAGUGUGGAAACUUGCUGUUAUAUCACAGAAGUCAGGUUACAAACUGUGUUUAGAUCUGCAGCCAGUUAGAUUUUACUCAGUUUUGGCAUUAGGAAAUGAGAAUCAAACACUUAUAAUAAGUGCUAAAAUGUCUGUCUGAGGAGGCAGGGCUUAGUGUUUCAUGGGCCAAUGAAGAAAACAAAGGGAGCAGGCACACACAUUUCCCCCCAUGUUGCCAGGCAUUUUCAUAUUCUUCUUUCUCAGCAGGUGAUGUCCAGUUAUUAUAUGUUUUGCUUCUUUAAAGGCGAAGAAAAGAAUGUUUCUUGAGGUUCAUUGGCAGAGUAAAGGCUCAGUUUUACUGCUAGAUGAAAUAUCUACUUUUGACAAAAUAAUGGGAUAAGUGGGGGAAUAGGAAAGUACUCAAAAGGAAGGUAAGCAGAAGGGGUGAAGAGAUGCCACAUCCUGGGAAAUGCAGGUGAUGCACAUGGACAGUGUAGAGCAGUCUUACUCUGUCAGGGGACAGGAAAUUGGGCAUUUCUCCAUCCAUUUCUGCCACUCAUGGCUCUUCCUUCAGUGCUUACAGCUCCUACAAAUUUGCUACUCUAAGACCCUAAAAGUACAGGAGUUUGGAGUCAUCAGGCCCCUGCCUUCUCUGAAGGCAAAUCAUAUGAAGAUGCUGGACCCUUUUCUGGUCCAGAAGGGGACAUUCUAAGAUUGUCACUUGCUUGGAAAGUGAUGUAACCCACUUGAGGGGGCAGUUUGGUCAUUGCACAGGGCUUUGCAUUUUUAUUUUGUUUGAAGACAGUCUGUUUUUAUGUAAUAAAGGGUUUUGGACACCCAUGAAGCAGUUUGUCUUGCUCUCUGUGUAUAUAUUCUUGUUUCUGUUUUCCACUCUUGUUUGCCCUUUUUCAGAAGUCUCCAUGACAUCUAUGAAUAACAGUAGAGGGAGCCAUUGGUCCAAGCCCUUGAGGAGGCCUGUAGUGAAGUCUUGUUGUUCGCCUGUUCUGUUCUGGCUAAGGACAAGUAAGAUCCAUAUAGCAAAGCUGUCCUGCAGAGGCUUUGCCUAAAAGCCAUUCUUGUAGCCCCACUCAUCUCUUAAGGACAGAGCCAUGAGAUAUACAACUGGCCUAGCAUAUAACCAUUGCAAAAAUUAUUAUUAGAAUAUGUUCAGAAUGUAUCAUCACUGUUUCCUUCUCCUGAAUGUUGGAAGAUUAGGCCAAGGAUUUCUCUCUCUCCAUAAUUGUGCACAGAAUCCUAUCAAGUUUGUUCAGAGCCCUUUAAUUUUACUUGAGAUUUCUACACCUAAAUAGGUUGUGGGUAGGUCCUACAAUUUUGACUCAAAUCUGGAAACUGAGAAGUUUCAUUGUUAACUCUAAGCAGAUUUGAAUUUUUCAUGCACUUAUGUAAUAAGUCAAGAAAAAGGUAGGAAUCACUAUCUUGUAUUCCAGCAGUUCAGAAAACUGCUGUUGUUUCAAAGUUGAGUUCUGUAGAGGGUGCCAUUUUAGAGUUUGUGGAAAAGUGCAGUAUAAAACAGAUAAGAAUACAAAGUUAUAUGGAUACAAGCUGGGAAUUUCCUUGCAAAACAUUUAAGUUUUCUCAUGGGCUUGUGAAAGUUUUCUUUCAAGUAAUUUAUAGCAUACUGGAAACAAUGA